AUGGAAACUGGAAAGGACACCAAGAGGCAAAGACGGCACCGCGGCGGUCCGGCGGAGUUGCUAGCUCGCUUCGGCUUCGGAGUCAGGGCUAUGCUUGUCUCCUCGUUGUCUGCUAUGCUCACUGGAGAGGAAUUACCCUGUAACGCCGCCGGCAAAAAUGGGUUGGGUGAAGCCCGGAUAAAGUCCAUCGCCAUCUUCAAGUACUGGAAGGGAGAUGGAGCGGUGGACGGCUCAAUUGCCCACUUUGCCUCGGCGAAUUUCAGGAAGACGAUUGCCUCCGGAAAGCUUGUCGGAGUUGCAGAACCUCAGGUUUCUUUGAAUCAGCCGAAACUUUCUCUCCGGCGGGAUUCCGGUGGGGCUUGGGGUGGAGAUGAAUCUGCGCUGCACAUGUUUGUUCACUGCCUUUCUGCUACGGAUGCUUGGAGUAGAUUGGGUGUGCCAAUGUCUGCAAAUUAUGAUAAUGUUGGUAAUUGGUUCUUUAAUUGUAUUAAUGUUUUGAGUGAUGAGUUAUUGGCUAGAUUUGCUAUGGGUGAUUGGCUAACACACGAGGACUUAGGCAAGACUGUCCGGUGCCUUUGGAGUACGGACCACAACCUCAUGGCAAACGUUCAACAGGUAGCCGCAGGUCUAUCCGCGUGGAACAGGGAGGUUUUCGGGAACAUCCACAAACGGAAGAAGGUCAUCCUGUCACGCUUGAGCGGCAUCCAAAAAGUGCUGGCCGAAAACAUGCACAGAGGCCUGUUUAAGCUGGAACAAAAGCUGCAACUAGAGCUGGAAGAAAUCUUGUACCAAGAGGAACUGAUGUGGUUCCAGAGGUCCAGAGAGGACUGGAUUACGUCAGGGGACAGAAACACGGCGUAUUACCACGCUGCUGCCACAGUCAGAAGAGCUCGAAAUAGGGUUGCAAGACUUCUCGAUAACAACGGCACAUGGAUUACGAAUGAUUCCGAGCUGAAGGACCAUAUACAGCAUUUUUACAUUAAUUUGUUUACUGAUUGCAGGGAGGUGGCAGAAGGCCAACUUUUGGAAGCACGCUUCCCUCGGCUAAGGCGCAUUGAUUGGACUAUCUUCAAUCGGGAAGUGACUAAGGAAGAAGUUCACGAGGCUGUUUAUGACAUGAAGCCUUUCAAAGCCCCAGGCCCGGAUGGGCUUCCCGCAGGGUUCUACCAACACACGUGGGAUGUGAUUGGGGAUAGCGUUUAUGAGAUGGUCUCUCAGGCUUUCAGACAUGGACGGAUACCGGAGGGUAUCAACGACACCCUUGUGGCUCUCAUACCUAUAGUGCAGAUCCCGGACACUAUCAAACAGUUUCGCCCCAUAAGCCUUUGCAAUGUAAGCUAUAAAAUUCUCACCAAAACCAUUACCAACAGGUUGAAAAGCAUCCUUCCUCGGAUGGUGGGACCGUUCCAGAGCUCUUUCAUCCCAGGAAGACAAAUUUCUGACAAUGUGAUCAUCUAUCAAGAAGUCCUCCACACAAUGCGGGAGUUGAGGGGUAACAAGAAGUACAUGGCCAUCAAACUGGACCUAGAAAAAGCAUACGACCGGCUUUCGUGGGAUUUCAUCAAGGAUACUCUUAAGCAAGCCGGCUUCAAUGAACGGUGGAGAGACAUUAUCAUGACAUGCGUCACUACUCCUAGGCUUGCUAUCAUAUGGAAUGGGGAUAGACUUGAUCCUUUCAGGCCUGAAAGAGGCAUUCGCCAGGGGGACGCCAUGUCUCCUGCCAUUUUUGUGCUUUGUAUGGAGCGCUUGAGUCAGUUGAUCAUCUCGGAGGUUGAAAGCCUUAGGUGGAAAAGAAUUAAACUUGCUGCUUCCGGCCCAACUAUGUCGCACCUCUGCUUCGCGGAUGACAUGGUUUUGUUUAUAGAAGCUUCUUUGGACCAAGUGGAAAUUGUCCAAAACUGUUUAGCUAAGUUCUGCACGGCUUCCGGGCAAAAGGUCAGCCUCGAAAAAUCCCAGAUACAUUUUUCCAAGAACAUGGCGCCAGCUCUUGCAACCGAGAUAGAAAGCAAAUUUGGCAUUUCUGAGACCAAGGAUUUGGGGCGGUAUCUUGGUGUGCCUUCCAUUCAUGAGAGGGUUACGUGUAACAUCUAUGCCGGACUCCUUGAACGUAUUGCGGCUCGUCUUGAGGGAUGGAAACUGCGGCCCUGCCUAAGGGCAUUUGUACCGAGAUUGAGAAGAGAACUCGAAGAUUCAUCUGGGGUAAAAAUGAGCAGACCAGAGGUACUUACAUCUAAAUAUGGCAGAAUGGAACAUGCAGUAGGCAGACGGAAGACUUCUAAUGUUUGGAAAGGAAUAACUAUGGCGAAGGAGUUCCUCGACAAUGGCCUCACACAUCUCGUCCGCGAUGGGAGUGCUACCCAAUUUUGGAUGGAUAAGUGGAUCAUGCCUAGGCCUCUUUAUGAUCAGCUCCAGAUCCCUUUGAGUUUACCUGAUCUAUACGCGACUGUGAACGCAUACUGGGAUCAGGACCGAGGGUGGAAAUGGGAGAAACUAGCCAACACUUUGCCGCAGGAAGCCAUGGAGCGCAUUGCAGGAUAUAGGCUGACGGAGGAUGGCGUCUCGGAUGAAUGGGGCUGGGGACCGGGCCAUCGGGGGCAAUUUUCAGUCAAACCGGCGUAUGCCUUCAUCACCAAUGCAUCCGUAGACGCAGCUGACAAGGAUUGGAAGAAAGUUUGGGCUCUUCGGGUGCCCGCUAGAGUCUCGAUGUUUCUGUGGCUUGUAAAACUUGGGAAGAUCCUUACCAAUGUAGAACGCGCCAGGCGCCAUCUCACCUCUAACGAAUUUUGUUUCCAAUGUGCAGGGAAGCACGAGGAUUUAGACCACAUUUUUCGAGAUUGUACGGCAGCGCGGCAAAUCUGGAGUCAGAGCCUCCACUGGCAAAUGAUCGACAAAUUGCGACAUUUAAGCUGGCAGGAGUGGUUUACGGUGAACUUGCAUGGUGACGCGAAGCAAGGAUUCGACGAAAGAUGGCCUGAACGCUUCGGAAACAGGCUUUGGUGGAUUUGGCGAUGGCGUAACGACGAGGUGUUCAAUCAUCAUCACAUCCUAAUCACGCAAAAGGUUGAAUGGCUUCGUAGAUAUAAUGCUGAGGUGGCCGGAGCGUUCGCGAAGAAAAGACGACCUCUCAACAGGAAACCAGCGAUCGUGGAAACUAGUCUGGCUUGGAGAAAACCGCCAAGGGAGUGGAUAGGACGGUGUUCGAUAGAAGCUGCAGAAGCUUGGGGCGUCUUACAUGGUCUCUGCAUGGCGAAGAACUGGGGAGCUACCAAGAUCAUCCUCGAAUGCGACUCGAAGACCACAAUUGCGAGCCUGCGCAAAUGA